GUUGCCAUUUUUAUUUUAUGUUGCUACUUUGGAAGGGUAAUUAAUAUCCUGGAUCUCAUAAGAAAAAUAUAUAUUCACGUCAAUAUUACAAAAAAACUAUAUUGAGUAAUUAAUAUUUGUAUUGUGUGUGUAUAUAUGGUGACCGUGGAUAAUGAGAGUUGUGAUAGUAUGAAUAUUGGUGAAGCUCCUCGGCCGUUUUCGAAUGGCAACAACCGGCAUCAGAUACAGAAACUACAAGUAUACAAUGAGGUUCUUCGGCGUCUUAAAGAAUCCGAUAAUGAAGAAGCAAAACAACCUGGUUUUGAUGAUGAUCUUUUGGCUCACUUUAAUCGUCUCCCCAACAGGUAUGCACUUGAUGUAAAUGUUGAAAGGGCUGAAGAUGUACUCUUGCACAAGCGGUUACUGAGUUUAGCACAUGAUCCUGCUAAUGGACCUGCAUUCGACGUCCGGCUAGUACAGGUUUUCCCAGUGACUGACUGUAACUCAGAUGAUGCAUUGAAUUGCAGCUCACCUGGGAAGCAAAUAUCCCAAAGCAUUCAUCCACCACCUACCUUUGGGUCGUCGCCAAAUCUUGAAGCCCUUGCACUUGAAACAAAGGAGCCAUCCGCUAAGGAUGGGAAUAGUAGUGCUGUAAAUAGCAACACAAGCGUUUCCAGGCCAAUGCAUGAAAUAACCUUCUCAACAGAUGACAAACCAAAGCUUCUGAAUCAGUUGACAUGCUUACUGGCUGAAGUAGGACUGAAUAUCCAGGAAGCACACGCCUUUUCUACAAUAGAUCACUACUCAUUAGAUGUUUUUGUCGUUGAUGGUUGGCCAUAUGAGGAAGUUGAACAGCUCCGAGAUGCAUUAGAGAGAAAACUUAUUAAGCUUGAGAGACAUUCUUGGUCAGAUCAGCGUUCAUCUGUAAGUGAGCAAGACCAAACAGGAAAAAUUUCAGAAAUCGGUCACUUAAGAAUACCGAGUGAUGGAACAGAUGAAUGGGAAAUUGAUCGUCAGUUUUUGACGCUGGAGCACAAAGUUGCAUCUGGAUCUUAUGGUGAUCUAUAUAAAGGUACAUAUCAUAGUCAAGAGGUGGCUAUCAAGAUGCUUAAGGCCGAGAACAUAACCACAGAGAUGCAGCAGGAGUUUGCACAAGAAGUUUAUAUCAUGAGGAAGAUACGGCAUAAAAAUGUUGUCCAGUUCAUCGGAGCAUGCACCAAACCUUCAAGCUUGUGCAUUGUAACUGAGUUUAUGAGUGGGGGAAGUGUGUACGAUUAUUUGCACAAACGAAAGGGUACAUUUAAGCUUCCAAUAUUAAUCAAGGUUGCAAUUGAUAUAUCGAGAGGGAUGAACUACCUGCACCAGAAUAAUAUAAUACACAGGGACUUGAAGGCUGCAAAUCUUCUGAUGGAUGAAAAUGAUGUCGUUAAAGUAGCUGAUUUUGGUGUGGCCAGAGUGAAGGCUCAGACUGGUGUCAUGACCGCAGAAACUGGAACAUAUCGGUGGAUGGCUCCCGAGGUUAUUGAACACAAGCCCUAUGAUCUUAAGGCCGAUGUUUUCAGUUUCGGCAUUGUAUUAUGGGAGUUGCUAACCGGAAAGCUUCCAUACGAAUACUUGACCCCAGUACAGGCAGCUAUUGGAGUGGUUCAAAAGGGCUUACGGCCUACCAUCCCAAAGAAUACCCACCCAAAGCUUGCUGAACUGCUUGGAAGAUGUUGGCAAAAAGAUCCAAAUUUAAGACCCGACUUCACCGAGAUAAUAGAUAUUCUGACAAUUAUAGCUAACGAGAUUGAAAAUAAGGAAGAACAGCGGACAGAGAAAGCAACAGGCAGAUUUCUAUCUCUACUUAGACGGGGUCAUCAUUAAACUGACGUGGCAACGUUUUCACUCAGCUACGUGAGCACAUGUAAGAUACUAAUGAUUUAUCGGGUUAUACUUUGUCUGUCUUGAAUCCUAUCUUGUAAUUUUAGAAAAAUGUACAAUCGUGUCUACAUACAGUUGCAAAUUGCUAUAAUUGUUAUUACGUUUUUAGGAAAA